AUGGAAAUACCGACAGAUAUAUCGAAUUGGGUUAUCGAUGCACGACAAAGGCUUUCUGAAGCCGAAAUAAUUUGUGGCAGGGCUAAUGAGCACUUAUUGUCAUCUACGGAACGGCUCUCCAAACGAGACAACCAGCUCCCUAAGUUGGUGUACCUGUUCGACUCCACAAAGCAACAGUUGAGGCUUCUGGGAAUUCUCAAGGACUCGCUGGUGUUGGUAUUGCAGCAAUUGAUGGAAAGGAAGAGUGCGAUCAGCAAUAAGCUUAAAAGAGAUGCUGCUAGACUCACAAAUAUAGUCCACUCUUUGAAGACUGUGAAGGUUGAGGCCAGUUUCAAACAUUCCGGCACAACGGGCACGUUGUUUGACUUCAUUUCUGACGAGGACAUACAAAAUAUGGUGAAUGAUAUCGAGGUAAUUCUGGAACAGAACGACGUUCUGUCAAACGGAGGACGUACUGAUAUACUACUCCAAAGCUUCAAUACGGAUAUCGAUUCGUUCCAGCAUGACCUGGACUCUUUACACAAACUGUUCAUGACCUCGGCCUCUUUACCUUGGUCACGUAAACAGAAGGACCCUCAAAAUGUGAGUUUGGAUAAAGAUGCUGACAGUAUCAACCAGCUGCUCCAAAUGAAUAGUGAGCUCGAGCUGGAUAUGGUGUCUCUUCUGAAAAGUCUGUCAAAUCACUACGACCAGUGCUCAAAGGGGAGCGUUCUGCUUAAAUCGCCGCAAGUUCCUCAGCAGGAGAAACAGGAAUUGUUCGCAGUUUUACAGAAUGAUGUUAACGAGCUUCCUUCGGUACUGGAUAUCCUGGAGGACGAUAGGGCCCAGAUAUCCCAGAACUGUGAAUACAUACUGAACAUUUGCGAGCAAUCGGAAAAGUUCAACUCAAAAGUGCAGGAGUACGUGCAGAGUCUGGAGUCUUUUGGGAAAAAUAAACUGCAGGCCCAUUACAUGAAAGAUUUCAGGGCAGGCGUUCAGCCCAUAAGAGCCAACAUCAAACGAGCGGAAGAGUUCCACAAACAGGUGCUGGAUUUGAUAGAUUAUUAUACGAAUUUUGUGAGAUCGUAUAACUCUUUGGUGUUGGAGAUCGACAGACGACAUCAUGUUAAUAACAGGAUUGCAGAGCUGGUGAAAUCGCUCCAAAGCUCUAUUAGUCAAAUCGAAGAGGACGACUCGAAAGCGAGGGAGGACUUUCUGUUACGAAAUGCAGAUUAUCUACCCCAAAACAUCAUUGAUCCAAUUGGAAACACUCCGAGCAGUCAUAUAUUGUUCAAUGCUUUGCCAAUGGUGACCCUGGAGUUCGAGAAGGAGCUUUUGCCAGAUAUUAGCACUGAAACGGUGAGUAAUGCCAGGAUGUUGCUGAAAAAGCCGUGA